AUGCCGACUGGCGAAGAUGGUGUUUGUUACAAGCAGGGCGUGACUGUUAAGGAGAACUUUCAGAUGUGUGAUGUGACGAAUCGGAAGAUCCUGGACCAGCUAAAGGAACGAAAGCCGCAAGUAACGUUCUCCUGCGAAGCCGAAGACAAGACUUGCAAUUUCCAGUUCUGGGUCGACCAGGUGGAGUCGUUCUAUUGCGGCUUGGAUACUUGUGACUGGGGCCUUGAAACCGACUACGACAAAAACACAACCCAUUAUAAAUGCGAGAAUAUCAAUUGCAAGUGCAUUCCCGGCCGCAUGCUUUGCGGUGAAGAAGGUUCUAUCGACAUCGGCGAGUUCCUCAAACAGUCAAUCAAGGGACCGGCCACCUUUUCAUCCGUUUCCACUGUCGGUGGUAGCAAAGAGGAUGGCAGCAAGUUCCAGGAACCCGAGAUGGAUAACUUGAUCAAAAGUGUCUUUGGUGACGAGAGUAUCACGCUCAAAUGCUCUUCCGGUGAAUGUGUCCAUAAGACGGAAGUCCCAGGAUACCAACGCCCUGUCAAGAAGAUCAAUACUCCACUUAUAGCGGGCGUUAUUGCAGGAUGCGCUCUAUUUGUUGUCGCUGUGAUAUUGGGUCUUUGGUAUCAGUCUCGGCGGUCCCGUUACAGCCGUAUCCAGCUGUCCCUCUCGGAUGAUUCUGACGACGAAGCAUCGAAGCUUUUAGCUGACCACCGCCCAGCUGCACUCUACUGGGAUAAUGUGUCCUACUUCGUUAAUGGGAAGGAGAUUCUUUCGGGCAUUCAGGGUGUUGCACAGCCAGGACAAAUUACCGCAAUCAUGGGAGCGUCAGGUGCUGGAAAGACCACUUUCCUUGAUUUGCUGGCGAGGAAGAAUAAGCGAGGUAUCGCCCAGGGAGACUUUUAUGUUAACGGGGAGAAGUUGGACGACGCGGAUUUCAAGAGCAUGAUCGGCUUCGUGGAUCAAGAGGAUACUAUGCUCCCCACAUUGACUGUUCACGAAACGAUUCUGACAAGCGCGUUGUUGCGUCUACCCCGAGACAUGAGCCGAGCCGCUAAAGAGCAACGAGUAACGGAAGUCGAGAAGCAGCUCGGGAUACAUCACAUCAAAGACCAAUUAAUUGGCUCCGAGGAAGGCUCAGGUCGAGGCAUUUCUGGUGGUGAGAAGCGACGAGUUGGUAUUGCCUGCGAGCUAGUCACCAGCCCUAGCAUCCUGUUUUUGGAUGAACCUACCAGUGGAUUGGACGCCUUCAACGCUUUCAACGUGGUCGAAUGCUUGGUAUCGCUAGCGAAGGAUUACAAUCGCACUGUUAUUUUUACCAUCCAUCAACCGCGGUCCAAUAUCGUUGCGCUCUUCGACAGGCUGAUUCUCUUGGCCAAUGGUAAAACUGUCUAUUCUGGCCCAUUCUCGACAUGCCAACAGUAUUUUGAUGACGCCGGAUACACUUGUCCACCGGGAUUUAACAUUGCUGAUUACCUAGUGGAUCUCACAAUGCAUGCUGGCAGCACUACUCAAUUCCACAGCGACGAGGAGGAGAGCCCGUUAUUGGCUGUGCGCUCUGAUCCGCCAAAAACGGCUUCAAGCAGUUUAAGAGCAGUCAAGUCUGUUGCGAGUGCGUCAAAUGCCAGUAUAGAGGAUUCCAGCAAUAGCUUUGAUUACGGCAGACGACCCAAAGGUAAACGACGAACGUCCCUCAAGCAACGGCAAGACCGUCAGCUUUACUCCCGCAGAAAAGAUGCUGAUGCACCACCUACGCCUCGAACUGAUGAGGAGGACGCCGCUGAGGUAGGCGAAAGCCAACAGCACUGGCUGCGACUAUCCCGCCAGCAGGGCCAGACACCACCCCAGAUUCUAGACGAUCCGCACGACCUUCCCCCGGCCGCUUCCGGCCAGACUGAUUUGGAUUUAAUGGUUGCCCACUACGCAGCAUCCGACAUUGCACGAAACGUGCGUAAUGAGAUUAUUUCAGCAACUCAACGUGCGAGCGCCGGGAAUGGGUCUGUUAACUCUGAAGUUCCCUCUUCACCUCUGGUUCAAACCCCUAAGAGCUAUGCAAGAGUGAGCUUGGCUCGCCAGUUCAUUAUCCUAUCACAAAGGACGUGGAGGAACCUUCAUCGGAACCCGAUGUUGAUGCUCACACAUUAUGCUAUCGCCAUCCUGCUUGCCGUUCUGUGCGGCUUUCUAUUCUACGGCCUAACAGACGACAUCAAGGGUUUCCAGAACAGACUUGGUCUUUUCUUCUUCGUACUGGCUUUGUUUGGGUUCAGCACAUUGACCAGUCUAACUGUGUUCUCAACAGAACGCCUUCUGUUCGUCCGGGAGCGUGCUAACGGGUAUUAUCAUCCUGUGACCUACUACGCCGCGAAGGUGGUGUUCGACAUUGUACCCCUCAGGCUCAUUCCGCCGAUCAUUAUGGGUGUGAUAGUUUAUCCAAUGACGGGGCUAAUCCCGGCCUGGCCCGAGUUUUUCAAGUUCAUCCUGGUAUUGGUUCUCUUCAACCUAGCCGCUGCUACCAUCUGCUUGUUCAUUGGCAUUGUCUUCCGCGAUGGCGGUGUGGCCAACUUGAUUGGAAGCUUGGUCAUGCUUUUCAGUCUCCUAUUUGCUGGGCUGUUGCUCAACCAUGAUGCGAUCCCGCCAUCGGCGCUCUGGUUGCAAUCGCUAUCCAUCUUCCAUUACGGGUUUGAAGCAUUGAUCGUUAACGAAGUAACAUUCCUGACAUUGAUCGAUCACAAGUACGGACUUGAUAUUGAGGUUCCGGGGGCUUCAAUCCUUAGUGCAUUCGGAUUCGACACUCUGGCCUACUGGAAGGAUGUCAUCGGACUAGCUGUCUUUUCCGGAGCAUUCCUUGUGAUUGCGUACAUAGCGAUGCAUUUCCUGCUUGUCGAGCGGCGAUAAUGGCGUGCGGCAUAAUUCCGCCCCGUGGGUGAAGCUUGUUUGAACCCACAAGCAACGUGAUGAUGUUUUCUCGUAUCUAAUGGUACAAGUAUAGGUUGGAGCUGUACAUACUUUGCAAUUUGUACCAGAAUUCAGCAUAC